AUUUUUGACAGAAACCUGCUGUCAUUCAUUUUGAUCAGCCUGUUAUUCCAGCAGAUGGCGCUAUUGCAUUAAGACCCUCCUACUCCGGUGUAGUCACUAAAUUAUCCAUGUGAAAGAAACCUGCAGUACAUGACAUCAGGACUGUAGAUACCAGCUGGUUUCAGACAUCAUCUCGAGCCUGUGGGUGAUAAUGAAUCCUAAUCACAACCGGAGGACGAACACUACCUACGCUAAAGGUGGCACACCUGGAACGGAUCGGACAGCUGAUCAACCCGGCAGGGAUGCACCUGAAAGCGGAAUUCAACAAGCGACAGACAGGCAGCCGCGGUGCUCUGAUGGAUUCACCAUGAUCCCACCUAAUGAAUCACAGCGAAGCAAGAUGAAAAUGAUGGCUCAAAAAGAAGAGGAGGAUCUUCAGAGAUGGAAAGAGGCAAACAAAGUCCCCUAUGUGCACCUGAAUCCAGAGAGGCUUGGUGGCACUGUAACAUUGGCUGAAGCCAGGCAGAUGCAGCAUAGAAACUUGCGUCACUCCAAACAGCAGAAGAAGCUGAGAAAGGAGGAGUUGGACAAGAGGAGGAGACAAGAGGAGGAGGAGGAGUUACAGAAGAUGAAAACAGGAAAGAGGGAGAUGGCUGAGCAUCUGGAGGAGAGGAGGCGGCAGGAGGAGCAGAGGAGGAGGGAGGAGCUUAGUCAAGAUCACCUCAGGACCAAUGAGAAUUUUAUGCAGAGAUUUGAGAGGAGAGCCGCAUGUCCACUGCCAUCCAGCAGUGGCACACACACAUCAUCUUGGAAUGAGGCUAUGGCAAGUAAACAGAGAGAGGAGUCAAAAAGUAUCAGAGAAGUACAGCUGGAACACAAGAGGGUGAACUCAGCCUUUCUGGACAAACUUGAGGGUCAAGGCAGGGGGAGCAAGAAAGAGACAAGGGUGGAAGGCAGUCGGGAGGCAGAGUAUCCCUGUUCUGCCUCAGACGAAGUCAGACAUGAGCCAUCCAACACCCCUGGAGAACGAUUAACCUUCGCUCACCUGGGCCAAGAACCAGAACAGAGCUGCUGGAUGGAGGAAGCUGACGCAGAACCUGACUAUGACUCGGCCAUAAUGAAACUGGUGAACAGCUUUCCAAACUGCUCCAGAGUCUUCCUCGAGGACAUCCUUAACCAGUGCAACGGUGAUUAUGAGCAGGCCUACAUGCUACUCAUGUGCUCACUCAGUUGACUUAUAUCUAGUUUUAAUGGUAGGACUCUCUUAACCUUAAUACUGGGUUUGACAUUUAAGGAGUCCAUUCACAUCAAAAGCAUAAUUCAGAUGAUAAAGAAUAAUUAGAAGAAAAUUACCUACUACUGGCAUGAUUAAUGUCAAUAGCUAUGUUGUAAGCACCACACAAAUGUAUUACCUAUGGAGCAGUAUGUGAUUGUUAUGUUCUGUCUGUUUUUGAUUAUGCCAUUAAUCACUGAGUACUUGGUGUCUUGUAUCUGUCUGCAUGAGUCAUGUUGGGUUUUCGCCCAGACAUGAGUUGAAUUGAUGUUCAUUUUCACCAGUUUAGUUGAAGGUCAUCGUUAUGACUCAUAAUCUUCAGAUCAUAUUUGGGGCUCUUAAUUAAAUCAAUGUGUGCAGAUGGAUGAAAGCUCUACCCAAACAUAUCAUGAUUUUAGUUUGAUUUUUAAUCAAAAUCACAUGUGAUGUAUCUAUAGCAUGAUUCUUCAAGACAGCAAAAGAUGCAAAUCCAAAUAAGAUUUUCUGUAGAGGAGCCCUUCAUGGUUUGUUUCACAACAGCUUUAUGUGACUUUAAUAAAACAUCCAUCCAUCCAUCCAUUUUCUAUACCGAGCUGGAGCCUAUCCCAGCUGACUACGGGCGAGAGGCGGGGUACACCCUGGACUGGUCGCCAGUCAAUCGCAGGGCCACUUUAAUAAAACAUCUUUUUGUUAAAUCUCA